CCUUAAAUGUUAAAAUUUUCAAUUACAAAUUUAACAAAAAAAUUUGUUAUUUAUUAAUGGUAGUUGGCAAAAACAUUGUACAAAUUUAAGAUCUUCAAAUAAUUCCAACAAUCAUUAAAAAAAUUUAUUGUUAAUCGGGUUUAGACGGCGGGUAAAAUAACGCAAUGAGAAAGAAAUUCCGCUAAAAAUUUAAGCACAAAAAUAAACUCUUAAAAAGCGGUCUAAAAAAAUUAACUAAAUAUAAACAUUUACGUUAACUAGAUUUAAUUUGUUUUCAAUUUAAGCAAUUCCGCUAAAAAUGCAGCGGGUUAAAUGCUAGUUCUAUAUAAACAGUUUUCUUACAACUUCCAAUUUCCAAUUUCUAUAUUUUUCUAUUCGCACACACUCUUUAAGCAUCUGCACACAGUCGCAGUCUCAGUCUCUUUAACCGAGUGGCAAGAACUCGUAUUAGAUUUGUGCAGAAUAAGCGGUUGUAUAGAAAUUUAAGAAUUCAAUAGGCUUCUUCUGCAAUAACUGUUCCAGCAUGUGGAUGCCACAAAAUAAAACGAAAGAAAAUAAUAAAAAUAAAACCAGAUAAAUGCAAUUGGGUAAGUGUGUGACAAGAGCUUCUAACCAACCGACCAACCAGCCAGCCAGUCAGCCAACCACCAGUCAAGCGCUUAAUCUCACACUGAUGCUGAAGACCAAGUUAAUAAAAUCCAUUGUAAACAUGAAUGCGAACGCAUUUCCACAACGUACAUUCGAGUGGUUGCACUUACUCGUACAAAAGAUCAUUUUGAUUGUGUUGCAGACGAUCGAGUCAUCAGCAUUAGAAGAAAACAAAAACCAAAAAGUGUCUAAGGAAAUCUAAGAAUGUUUACAAGAUGAAUAAAUUCGUGAAAAGUUUCUUAUUUUUUUGUGUUUUUAUAAUCUCAACAAAUCCAAGUAUCAGUCAAGAGGAUGUAGUUCAAACACAUCUAUCCAGACAUGAACUGGAGCAGGGUGGUGUACAUGAUACAAGUGCGACGAAAAGAUUAUUGGAAACUGCUGAUCAGGUUGAGGGUCGCAGUAUAGCGGAUGCUGGGGAAAAUAAUGAUAAUUUGGAGAAACAUUCAAAGCCAUUGAGAAGUAUUUUCUUGGGUAUUUAUAAAAACUACAAAAGCACAUAUUUGGGCAAUAAAACCCUAACGGAAUACAAACAGAACUUGAGGGAGAAAAUGAAAAAUAAACAACAGCAGCAGGACUCCGAUGUCGAUAUUAAAGAUGAGAAGGCUGAUAGUGAUGAUGAUGGUGUUGUCACCGAAUAUCCUGUUGACGAGGAAGAAGAACGUAUAGAAACCACAACGGAAUUUGAGCCACCAUUAGCAGCAAAACAGGAAACCAAACACAAACUUUCACCAAAUAGAAAAGUAAAAUUGAAUGUCACACAUAUUGAGAUCAACGAGCACCAAUACAAUGUGGGGCCAGCUCUCAACUUAAGCUUAGAUAUGGAUAAUAAUAUAGUCAAAGUGAACUUGGAUGGUGAAAGUAUAAAAGAACUUGUAACAGGUCGUUGGUUAAAUGACAACACCGAAGAAGGUCGUGGCAAGAAGUAUGACAUGGUAACUCGCAUCCUACCACUUUUCAUUUUGCCAUUUCUGAUACAAUCUGCAAUCGUUCCGUUUUUGGUAACGAAACUGAAAUUAUUGUUAAUGAAAUCGAUAUUGGUGGGAAAGUUGGCAAUAUUUCUGCUGAUUAUAUCAGCUUUCCGCAACAGCAACAAACAAAUGCAGACGUAUGAAGUGGCACCUUCGUAUUGGGCUGGUGAACCAAGUCGAAGGUCCGAAUUGGUAGCAGCGGCAACUAACAUGGCUUACAACGGUUAUCGGGUGGAGGGAAAACCGGCCGCAUGGGUUAAUUAAUGUACACAUUAAA